UAAAAUAUAAAAACAAAAUUUUAAAGACAGUCGCGUCGCGGACCGUGCGUUUAUUUACCUUUUUUGCGCCCAACUACCUAGCCGUCUGCUUUCCCCGUUUCUUUUCUAGUGUCCGCGCUGUUUGCUCUACUCAACGAUAAUGCGGGCGGCUGCGAAAAAUGUUGCACUAAAUCGCUCAUCAUCAUCCUUGGUUGCGACUUGCGGUUUCCUUUUUUUUGUUAUUGUGUGCAGCGAAUAAAACUCGUUUCGCGCACUGGUGUGCGUGUGUGUGUGUGUUAGUGUCAGUGAUUGUUUGUUUGCUCGCGGCUUUUUUGUUACUACUUUUGUUGUUGUUGUUACAAUUGGAUGCAAAUUUGAUUGAGAAUUUGUGGAAACAAAACAACAAGCGACAAGCAACAACAACACACGCCUUUGCUGCAAACAAGAUUCAACACAGCGUCGGCGCAAAGGAAAAUCGGAACACAGGAGCUGGAGAAACAAAAACAAAAACAAACGCAAGCAGCAGCAGCAACAGUUGAGGGCGGCCGUGACGUAGGAGAAGAUGUCAUUGACGAAAAAGGAUCCUUCGCUGAGAGUCGCCGCCUCGGAUCCGCAUCUCGUUUCGUUGGGCGGCGGGCGACUGAGCACCGCCGUCACCAUUCACUACAUACACAUAGGUGACACGACAAUUGGAUCGGCGGUGAGCUGUAGCAUCUCGUUGAAUGGAAGCGGCGUUCGUCCACUACAUUGCACCAUAUACAGGAGCGACGCUAACGAGGUGACUUUGGUCCCAGAACAGGACGCCCGUCUCCUCAUCGACGGUGCUCCCAUUCUGGAGGAGACGAAACUUAGCCAGGGGGCAAUGAUUACCAUCGGUAAUUCGAAUUACCUAAGAUUCAACAAUCCGGACGAGGCGCAAAUGAUGCGCUCGGCGAUGGGCUCCAACGAACGCAUCUCGAUGCCCCAAAUCGAUUUCACACAAUCGGCACGGCAGGCCCACGAUUUGAGUCAGUCCUUGGAGCUGGAAUCCUUUUACGAGAGCAUUAUAAAUCCGAUAAAUCACAACAACAACAACCACCAUAAUCCAUCGGCAUACGAACUGGAUUGCCCCAAGGUCUUCUCCGCCGAUCUUGUGACGGUCAAUAUGCCGGCCAAGGAUGUGCUUGGCCAGAAAUAUGCCAGCUUUGCCCGCAAUCUAGCCGAGAAUCAUCGCAACGAGAAGCAGCUGAACAAUCAGUUUGCCAAGGGAGUUGGCAGCAAUAGUGGCUAUUGGAAUGUGCCCAGCAAUGCGGCGAUUUACAAGGAACAGCAGCAGCAGCAGCAUCAGCAGGCGCAGCAACAGGCUCCCACGGAUCACCUGCUCACCAAAGUCAACAACGAUCGUUAUGACAGAUAUCCCAAGACGGGGGGUCUUCAGAUUUACUCCAUGAAUGGUGUAAAUAAUGAGAUCAAUAAUGGCCUGAUGCCGGGCUCAGUUGGAGGAGGAGGAAGUUCGAGUGGAGGAGGUGCUGAACUGGAGGACAUGCUGAAGAUCUGCACGGAAUAUGCCGACAGGAACAACUCCAUGAAUCAUGGACAUAACAAUACCUCCAGCACUUCCUCUAGCAUCACAUCCUCGCCCAUUGUCCAGAAUCGCAUCAAGACGAAUGGCUCCUUGCCCAGGGACAAGAACAAGUCACCGUUUCCCACGCAACAGCAGACCGGUUCAGGUGGCAGCACGGCCAUGUUGAGCAGUUCCUCGGGCUACGAGAAUGUCCGUUUAUUGGGUCCCAAUCGUGUGGAGAUCAAUGGUCAGAUACAUGUGCCAGCCUCAGCUGGCAAUGCAGGCGGCGGAGGAUCAGGUGGGGGCUCUGGGGCUAUACCAACUGCAGCUGUACGUGCCAGCCACGAGAAUCUGGUUAAUCCCGUGGGAGUGGGCAAAUAUGUGCCCCAGAGUCCCAGGACCAAGAUUCGUACGAAUUGUAUGUCUCCGAAAAAGGAGAUAUCCUUUGGCAAUGCCUUUGCCCUGGCCAUCAGUCCGCCUCCGGCUCAGGCUCAGCCACAAGCUCAGGUCUCCUCUGCCCCCGUUGCCAUACCCAUUUGCAACAUGGUGAAGCCACCAUUGGCCCCCAAGCCGCCGGCUCCUAAUCUGCAGCGGGACUACGAGCAGCUUUUCAAGUCCUUCGAUCGCAAGCAGAAGCAAUUGGAUCGCCUGGUCUCGCCCAAGCCCAGGAGCAACAAGAACAUCAAUAAUCUCACCCUGAACCUUCAGGCUGUGGAGUCACAGACGCAGUCAUCACCGAAGCCCAGCCGGAAGCCAGCGCCAGCGCCCAGGAGCAUACACUUGGAGCAACGCCAGCGGCGAGAGCUUAUCCAGCGGCGCAAGCAAGUCAAGCGGGAACUGGCGGAGCUGCCGCCAUCGUCUGGAGUGGAUAAUCUGGAGUUGGAAAUGGAUGAACAGCCGCUGGCUGCCACAGCUUCGCCUCGAUUGCAGCUGCAGGCUUUGCAGCAUCGUGUUCGCCGCUUGGAGGCCCAAAGGAAUGCCACCAGGGUGAUGGAGGAGAAUCAGCAGGCCAAGCUGAAGCAGUCCAUUGAGAUGAAGCAGGAUCAGCUGAAGAAACUUCGAGCCAUGUUAAAGCAGAAACCCAACAAUGCCUGCCUCAAGGAGGAACUGCAGCUGGUGUGCGAGUCCUUGGAGAGCGAUCGCAAGACAUUUGAGGAUCUAGAGUUUCAGUAUUUCGAGGAGGAGUCCGAGCAUCAUGCCAGCCAUGAGGAAUUCAAGCGUCACGAGCAGCGUCUCACCCUCGAGGCUGAGCUGGCCGCCUUGCGCAUACAAAUAGGAGCCGGCGAGGAUGAGGAAGAGGAGCAGGAACCGGAGCAUGACACACCUCCGCCUUCGCCUGAAACCAGCAGCAGCAGCAAUCUAAUCAAUGGCGGUGUCAUGUCGCAGUCUCUGUUUGGAUCCGCCGAGCUUCUAUGUCCAAAGCUGCGCAAUCACGAGGAUCUAAUGUCCAAGAGUGUCAACGAAAAUAUGUUUUAUAAUCAUAAAAUCGAGGCCACUGGCAUAACGAGCACCCCGAAACGUGUGCCGCUGCAGCUAUUCGAGAAUAUCGGUGGCAGUUGCGAGCAGAUUAGCUUCAAUCUAUCGCUGCAAAGCGAUCGAUUCGAGGUGAAUCCUUUGGAGCGUCGUGUGCCCUCGCAGGAUGACAUCGAUCGUAGCUGCAAGGUGGCCAAUGAUGCACCCAUAUCCACCAGUCAGGGUGCCAGCACCAAGAUCUUUGACAGCAUCAAGGAGAUUGAGAGGAAUCGUAAGCUUUUGCUGGCACAACAAGGACAUCAGGUGAUUGAGCACGAGCGCCAAAAGAUGUAUGACCUGAAGAAGAAGAGCCACGACGAGGCCCGCACCCAGUACUUGCUCUCCACGCAGCAGCAGCACCAGCAGCUGCCAGAAUCGGAUGCCAACGGCGGCAAAGAUGCUCAUCUAUUUGAGAAGGCCGCCGAGAUGCAAAAGCUCAGCAGCAAAGCAGACGAUGAUACACCUGAGCAGCAGCAGCAGGUACAAAAGUUAAAUGGCGACAAGGAAAACAGAAAGUCAACCGGCAGCAGUCCAACAACAACAGCAGCAGCAGCAGCAUUAUCAGCGACACCGCAACAGAAACGCACUUUUUCUUGUGCUAUAUUUCAGCAACGCCACUCGCAACCGGAACUGGAACAUCAUGCCAUUGCCCUGGGCCUAGGCAGUGGCACUGGUGGCGGCGGUCAAUUGGUGGCCCGCAGUCCCCGCCCCCUGUCCGAGGCCAACAACUGUGAGGCUGGCUUGGAGGCACCCAAGUUUGCCAAUGGAAUGAUGGACUCGACGAUUUCCUCGGCACAGGCAGGCACGGAUAAUAAGCGGGCCAGCAGCAACUCACAGGACACGGCAUCGGCGGGCAGUGGCAGUGGGAAUAGCGGCAGCGGCGGCAGCACGGCCAGCGAACGGAAGCGCGUCCUGCCGAAGCACCAGCGUCCGCUGACCCGUUACCUGCCCAUCUUCUCGCCGGAUCUGAAUCUGCGGCAUCAUAUCGAGACGGCUGGUCACCAGAUCGAUCUGUGUCCGCACGUCUUUGUGGAUGCCCAAAGCUGUCGAGGAUAUCUGCACAAGCUGGGAGCCACGUUUCAUGCGUGGUCGAGGCGCUGGUUUGUCCUGGAUCGCCAGAGGGGAGCCUUGAUAUAUUUUUCGGAUAAGUCGGAGAGAAAGACCAGGGGCGGAGCCUAUUUUGCAUCCAUUGACGAGGUCUAUCUGGAUCACCUGAAUGCCUCGAAGAGCGGCCGACCCCAUUGCACGUUUAUUGUCAAGACGAAGAAGCGCAGCUACAAUCUGCAGGCGGCCUCCGAUUCGGCGGCGCGAAUUUGGAUCGAUGCCAUUAUAACCGGAGCCCAGGGAAACCUGGACUAUUAAAGAGCCAAAAAAAAAAAAACAAACAAAGAAAAAGAAAAGAAUGGAAAACCCCAACACACAGACGCAGCAGCAUUCUUAAUUUAGUAAGUUGAACUAAGUGAGACAAAGAAACUAAGCAUAAACUGUAACCGUAGCCAAGUAAGACCCAAAAGCCACAAGCCACGAUUGCUCAACACAAGUCCUGUGUGUCCUGUGGUCACCUUUUUUUUUCGUUUUUGGCACAACUAAGUAUGUAAAUCCGAGAUUUUAGUACUGGACCAAAAAGUAAUCAAUGUAUUUUUAUAUAUAUAUUUGAGAGAUAGAGAUAAGGUAUAUGUAUAAUGCUUCUACUUUUGUUAUGGACUAUUUUUUUCUAUUUUUAUAUAUAUAUAUUUUAUAUAAAUAAUGUAUCAAAUGUAUAUCAAGGACAACCCCACGCUACUAACACCGCCAUUAAUUCAAAUUCAAAUUCAUAAAGAUGAUAUCUAAUAGCAGCCUUGAAAUUCAAAACGUUAUUUAUAAUUUAAAAGUAAAAGUUUGCUCCAAAAAUGAAUUGCCUCGCCAAAUGAAUUGUGUUCAUUUCACAUAAACUCCCUUAAGAGCGACAGAGAAGGGAAUAAGAGUUUGAUUUUCAUGUAAAAAUGAACACAAACGAAUUUCAAGGCACUGCUAUUGUAUUUAUCACACAUCUUAUGAUCGCAUAUACAUAAUACCUAUAUAGCAUAAUAUGUUAUACAGCCUAGACUAGAACUAUAUAGAUAUAUAAAUGCAUAUAUACCAGUUUGUUUAACGAUUCAAAAAUGAAACACAACCAAAAUGACUUGUUUUAUUGUGAAUUUAACUAUUAACUUUUGCAAACUACUAUAUUUUAUAUAUCCCUAUAUAUACCAUAUGUAUUUUGUAUCGCAGAAUAUAGAGUUACUAAGCUGAAGACUAAAACUGAAUGUUGAACGAAAGGAUAAUCAAAAGAGAGCGAGAGAGAAACACACCGCUACAAAUAUAUAUGUUAAUAAAAA